ACGCUCGUGAGAGGUGUCUGGAAAUGUUCACUUGUGAGGAGACAAUGGCACUGGCAGCCGAGAGACUGAACAGGAUCAUGCUGACGUGCAAGUGUCUGGGGUUCAGGAAGGACCACACGGAACUCCUGGUUCAGACUGGGUUCCUCAAGAACUACUGUCGACAAUUCUACACCUACUCUGAGGCGCAUGACUACAGUGAGGAGCAUGUGAGUGUGAAGUGUGUGCAGAGUGUUGUGGAAGUGGUAUGGGAUGGCACCAACGAGACUUCCUUCACUCUCGACCUCCUCCAGCCCGACAACAGAGACCUGUUGGACUCCCACUUUAAUAUGUUAAACACUAUGGCCAAAAAGACCACCGAGAACAUCAGCGACGUAAACGAGGAUCAGAAGGAAAAAUCAAUUGCUAUCAUUACCAGGCUCAUCCGUAUUGGACUGUCAGUGGUGAUCAACUGCCACAUGGACUAUGAGCAGAGGACCACCAAUGCAGUAAGAGAAGGUUGUGGCAUCUCGGUACUCAACUCCCUCUUGGACACAGACACACUCAGUCAUGAGAUACACGCGGCAGCUCUAGAUCUCGUCAUACGAGUGGCGCAACCGUUUGAGAUUGAGCAGUUGCGGGCACCCCCUCGCUCCAUCCACUUCCUCAUGCAACACGUGGACAACUGUCUCAACAACCCCUCCCCCUCCUCCCCCCACGAGUGCGAGGCCACCACUCCCACCGGCGUCAGACUCCCAGCUCGCAACUACUUCAAGACUCUGGCUGCCCUAUGCCAGUGUGAGACGAACCGGGACCUCAUCUUCACAGCUGGCGCACUCUCUCUGGCCCAGAAGAUGCUGCGUAGUCCGUUCAACUACGAUGACGUCAUCUACCCCCUCGCACUCAUUACUCAAAUUCUAACUUAUCCCGGAGUGAGCUGCAAAGUGGAGACUGUUUUAGACACGUUUAAGAGGUCAACUUUCUACACACUCUACGGCAGAGACUGCGAUGGAAUCAACUCCAAACUCAAGCUAAUCGGAGAGAAAAUCGACAGUUUGAAAAACAAGAAUUCAGCUGAAAAUACAUCAGAUAAAACUGGCGGGAAACUGAGAAUUAUGUACACUGCCUGUGGGCCUAUAGGCAAAAACGAAAGAGUGAUUGUGGACGCUUUGAGUGAGCAAGGCUUCUCUCUGAUGAGCUUCAAGGAGCUGCGAGAGAAAUUUGGAUCGACCGUUGGCAACAGGGACAUUUUGUCCGCACAGUAUGAUGUGUUGUUGGUAUUUCUGCGAACGUCUAUGCACCAACUUCCCCAUGACUGUGUCUACAAGACUGAAGACAUGGACUGCUACACUCAUCUUCUGUCCUACUUUUCACUGACUGAAAGGAAAAGCUUCCUUCUGGUCGCUACAGAGGAAGAGUAUUUGCCAGAGGACUGGGUCGAGUUCACAUUCCAGACUACUCGUAUUUUUAAUACAAUGCGACUUGAAAACUUCGACAAACUUGUGAGUGAAGAGUUGCAAUACAUCGCCAAGUAUGAACAAAAAGUGUCUUCAGGCGUCCAAAAUGAAAAUAAAACGCAAGAUGCCGAAGAAAACUUUUGCCCCUGGUUGAAGAGCACUGCACACGAAUCGGAUGGCGAUCACGAAAUGGACAAGCAGAAAAGUUGUUACUCAGUCCCUGUGAAAAAAUGGACAUCGGAAAUGGUUCAAGAAUGGCUAGCUGACAAAGGCGUACAAGAUGGCACAAAGUUGAAAAGUUUGGAUGGUCUUCAACUAAUAGAAUUGGCAACAUUGAGGCAAAAAAGUUAUGAAACGUUUUGGAAUGAAAUGAGAUCCUAUUUUCAGUUAUCGAUGCAAGACUGUUUAGUUAUAAGUUGCGUUCUGAAAACUUGUUUUGAUGAAGAUUAACUGUUUAUGAUAUUUAUCUGAAAACUGUCAU